AUGAAGAUGCUGGUCUUGCCUCGCUCGAUGGACGGUGUGGGCACAUCGAUCAAGCUCAAGGCCAUCGGGAGCGUCACGACCUCCCUUUGGGAGUACAUGGCGGUCGCUUCCAUCGGCGAUAUCCCGCCGCACCUUCAAGCCGGGCUGCUUUCUGCGCCGCUCCGCUCGACGACCGCCAUUGCGGCCUCGUCGAUCGCCUCCAAGGACGUUCCCGUCAAGGCAACGCUCGUCCAUCAGGAUGGGGAGAUGUCUGCCCACGACGUCGACCCCACGUGCAUCCCAGCACCGUUGCGGGCGCGUCUCGCGGCUGAAACCGACCCGAGCCAGUGCAAGGCCGUCAACCUCGUCGCAAGCGAGACGCCCGGCAUCAAGCUGCUUCAAGGGCCGUCGGGCCAGUCCCGCACCAUCCGCAUGGCGACAAGUGCGCGGCGGCCGACGAGCCAACCCAUCCUUCUGAAGGACGGCAUCUUGGGCCGCGACGGUCACGCUGUCGUCGUCACGCCGCCACAAUGUGUGUCGUCGGGUUCGGGCCGUGUCUCCACCGUUUUGCGGCUUGGUCGCGUCCAGGAAGGCGCUCCAGCAAUCGUGCAGCAGGCCUGCCUCGACAACGUCGUGGCCGCAGAGGUCGCAAGUCUGUCCGCGUCCAAAGAGCUGCAACGCGUGCGGCGCCACGAAGAAGCGAUCAACGUCGGUUCUAGACGCAGUACCGCAUGCACCCAUUCUUGCGCGAGUUCCCGUCCAAGAAUUUCGACAUUGGCAUCUUGUCGGUCGAUCCCUCUGACGGUGCACCAGAUGCUAUGCAUAAUUUGUCGUCCUCGUGCAUCUGGUGUAGACCGAAGACCACCGCGGCGCGGCCUCUCGUGCAAGGACAAGAGCCUCCCGCUGCCUCGAUCGACCGCGUCUCGCGCCAUCGCCAAGCCGGCUCUUUGCUACCGCGACCCAUGA